AUGCCCAUGAACAAAUUAAAUGUAUUAUUUAAGAUAUCUUACAUUUAUUCAUUAAAAAUAAUUUCAGUAGUUCCACAAACACAUAAAAUGUAUGAUAUUGAUUUAAAAAGUACUUCACCAGCAAACUAUGACUUUUAUAUAAAAAACUAUUACUCAUCUAACGAUAAUAUUUUAACUAUUACGGAAGUCAAAUCACCGCACUCUGAUAUUCCCGGAUUUGUUUGUAUUCAUUCUAAUCAGACAACUAAUACGUACACUAAAAACUUAUAUUGCUUUUCAAAAGAUUUUACAGACACUGAUCAGAUAUUUCACGAAUUUGAUUUUAUUACUCCCUUAAGACUAAACAAUAUUCUUUACAUACACAUCGAUUCAAUGUUGUUCAAUAAUGCUCUUGAAGUUCAAUAUAGUAUUGUAGUCAAAAAAAUUACUGAAAAUGUUAGUAAUAUAGGUUUAAAAAUGCAAAAUAUUUUUACAGAAUUUGUAUUGUUAAACAAGGCGAAAACAAUUUCAUUGUCUUGUCAACUUCUUGACGGAUUAACAAAUAAGUCUGCAUCAAGAAUUAUGCAUUCAUUAGAAAACAAAGAUUACAUUUUAGCAUUUUUUGAUAGAGACUAUGAUAAGAUCAUUAGUUUUCUAAAAGAAUUUAUUUUGUUAUUAGAAGAAAGUAAUGAAUUUUUACAAUAUGAUCUACAUGUGUUUUUAAAAAAUUUUAUAAAAAAUAAUUUAAAUACGUUUUGGAAAAAUGAAUUUGUGCACUCUGGUAUAGGUUUUGAUGCUUUCAAAAAUUAUAAUUUAUACAAUUGCUUUUUUAAAGAUAUAGCUAACUUAUUUUGUUUAACUGAGAAUCCAAAUCACAAAUUUGAACUUAAUGAUUAUGAUCAAUGUAUCAAAUCACUUUCUGGCUAUCCACUAGUGGUUGUUUUUGUUCACUUUAAAGAAGACGUCGAUGAAAAAAAUUUAGAGUGUUUCGCUUACAGCAAAAAGAAAAAUAAGUUAGACUUUAAACUAAUGAUUGAUUCAAAAAAAAGAAGAAUUUUUUUUAUGUUUGACUUACGAUAUUUAAAAAAAUCUAAUAUUACACAAGUAGAUUGCAUAGUUAAAACCCCUAAAAAACAUUAUGAAGCAUUUGAUAUUGAUUUAAUUGAAUACUUAUAA